GAGCAGCAGUGAGGAGGGAGGAUCUCAGCGGGAGUAGACACAGAGAGAGAGAGGGAGAGAGCGAAAGGCAUACAGAUAGAGGAGUGUGUGUUGUGAGCGUGGAUGUAAUCGGCUGCCUCUGUGUGUGUGUGAGACAGAAAGAGAUCAGCAGAAGGCAGAACGUGUGGAUACUACUCCACAUGACUGGCUGCAUUUGGAUUCACGGAAGGAGAGCACACAACCACAGUAAAGAGAGUGUGGCAGACACAAACUGCUGACUGAACUGCAGACGCGCACCAGGGCAGAGCGCGGAGGAGUAAGUAGACAAGGCAGACAGAGCACGCGAGGCCUGACUGAUAGCGCCCAUGGCGAGCAAUAACACGGCCAGCAUCGCACAAGCCAGGAAGCUGGUGGAACAGCUGAAGAUGGAAGCCAACAUCGACAGGAUAAAGGUGUCUAAAGCUGCAGCAGACUUGAUGUCAUACUGCGAAGCUCAUGCCAAAGAGGACCCUCUAUUGUCGCCAGUGCCAGCGUCGGAGAACCCGUUCAGGGAGAAGAAGUUCUUCUGUGCCAUCUUGUAAACUCGGCACGUCCCUUCAGCAGUCUGCUUAGUGUGGGGACUUUGAACAUGGACGUUCAAAACACGUAGAAAUCUUCUAGUAGGAGGGCACGGCGAUCAUUGCCCCCUUUUCUCGAACGGCACCUAAAGAGUGCAAAAAUUAAAGUGUAACCAUUAAAGCGGUGCAAUUGUUUUUGAGGGGCUGUGCGGCAUGUUGAAGGGUUCUGCGCUUUUAGAUGACACAAAAGGGAUGAUGACGAUGAGGAGGAGGAGUGUGAUGAUAACCACCUAGAGACAUGAUGGACAAGCAGUCAACCUACCACGUCGUCGGGUUGUGAUGUGUAACAACAAAAAAUAGAUAAAAUGAGAAAAAUAUGGAUGUGGUUCUUUUGGGACUUCCAGAUGUUUUGUUCAGUGGUUUGUGGGUUGGUUGAGCUCUGUAGGAAAGCAAAAAAAAAAACAGAAAAAGAAAAAGAAAAAAACUACGCCUACCACUAGACGCCACCUGUAUAUUGGAAUGUUUUUUUUAAGUUGUUUAUUUUGUGUUUAUUCCAACUUUACCUAAAUAUCUUUCUAUAACUACGUGAUUACAGCAGUCUUUUUUUUUUUUAACACCAACAGGUUAGUGAAAACUUUUUUAAUAGGAUGUUUGACACAUUCAACUCUGUGACUAUUUACACCUUUACCUUUCUGAAAAUCAGUCUCUGUGUAUCAACAUCUAGCCUGUCUGGCACAUGUGAUGCAGUUUGUCUCCUUCAGAUACAAACCCUCUUUCUACUAUUUGUAUGAAAUGACUAGCAAGUAAACUGUGCCGUGCUGUGAGUUCUAAA